UUGGUCGUCCCAUCUUCGACGGCAUGCAGGCCCCUGGUACCAGCUGCUGGGGAGUCGGCCACACCCUUGACAUCUGCGAACGCUGCACCGUUGGUUCGACGGCCGACGAGGCAAACUCUGAUCAAGGAGGCGGACAACAUCGUCACCCACAAUGACCAGACCAGCAGAUAACUGGACCGUUUCCUAAUUUGCACGAAUCAAACUUUCAUCUCAAUUGAGAACAUUUACUUCCUUCAGUUCAUCGACGCGGUUAUGAAGUGCCAUCUUAAGAGGCAGCCGUGCAAGAGGGACGAGAUGAGGACGAAGCGGUUGGACGGACAACAUGGACUUGUUGGAGACGACAUGAAGAGUCUUGUGAGGAAGUGGAAGAGGACGGGCUGCAUGCUGCAAAUGGACGGGUGGUCGAACAGGAGGAACAAACCACAUCUCAAUGUAAUGGCUUCCUCCCCGAUUGGCACUGUGUUUUGGAAGUCCGUUUGCAUGGAAGGCAAGGACAAGGAGUCAGCGGCUUACUUCAAGUUGUUGGAUGGAGUUAUCGGCGUCCUGAUGGAGAGGGUUUGUUCAAAGGCUGGGAAGAUGGUGGAGGCGAAGUACCCUGGGAUUUUCAAUGCGGGAUGCACGGCCCAUGCGUUGGACUUGGCGUUAGAAGACAUGUACAAGCGAUUGGGCUGGCUGAGGGACGUCAUUGACAAGGGAAACCAAGUGGGCAAGUUCGUGACCAACAUCAACAAGGUCCUCGCAAUGUUCAAUUGAAUUCCAGACGCCCAACUCAAACACCCAGCCGUCACGAGGUUUGCAACAAAAUUCGAAAUGUUGG